ACUAGAGCCCCGAGACGGGUAUGGAGUACACGAGCUACUAGAGUCCCGAGGCGGACACCAUCUACGUGUAGUACUAGGAGUGUUUUGAGCCGGUUCCCUGGCAAGACACGUGCGGUCUUGAAAACGAUGCAUCGGCUGACUUACCAGACUUUCCGUCUAUUGCUGACGUAUCGCUUUCAUUUCGCCUCAAUCUUUGGCAGCACGUCAUGUCCGAGACGCUAGCUAGACAGACACCUUCUGUAUUCCUUUUUGAAGGACGUUGAAGAUGCCCAGCAAACUACUAACGUCUCUUGUCGUAUCGACCACAAAACCAAUUCGUAGGGUUUUUGGGAGGUGAAGCCGGAACCGGUAAAUCUACUGUUAUCCAUGCUGUUCAGCGUUUGCCGACAAGUGGGGGCGAUCAGGAACGGUCGAAACUCUUGCCUUCACUGGAGUUGCUGCCAUCAACAUUCGUGGAAAAACUUUAUAUUCAGCGCGGAAUUUAGACAUUUCUGGAAUGGGCCAACGAAGUCUUCCACCUUUACAGAUGAAGUCGGAAUUCGGAAAAGUUGUACUCGUUAUUGUAGACGAGAUAUCAAUGACAGACCAGGCACUUCUAGGUAGCUUUGAUCUCGCAUCUCGAGCUAUGAGUGAUAAUCCUCAAAAGCUCGUUGGUGGCAAACGCGUGCUACUUUGUGGAGAUUGGCUACAACUGCCUGCUGUUCGUGGCACCCCAUGUAAGUUCAAACUCCUUCAACACAUCUUCACCUUCUCCUUCCUCAUCUUACUUAUUUUUCUGCGUUAUGUAGGCUUCACGCCACCCGAUGAAACCGCUAGCAGAUACCAUCACGCAGGUUUCAACUUAUACAACACUAUUAAUUUUGUCGUCUUCCUCACGGAAAAUAUGAGAGCCGAUGACGACGACUUGUAUGCUCGAAUCUUGGCUGAUCUCCGCUGGGGACGUGUAUCGGAGGAUAAUUUGGCUUCCCUAAACUCUCGAGUCAAGAAAGCUCCCGCUACAAUCACGGCUUCCACGACAUUUUUCCGCCCCUUGGUUGUUUCCACAAACAACCUCCGUUGUGCCAUCAAUAAGGUGAUGACGUUUAAGAUCAGCGCCGAUACUGGUUCAUACCUUUACGAAUUCCCCGCUGAACCUUCCAAUAGAUCACAGCAUAUUUUUAAGCAUAUUAUUGAUGCGAACGAAGAUCUGACACAGCGAAUCCCCAUGAGACUCUAUUCCUUUGUCGGAAUGCCUGUUAUGAUCACCAGGAAACUUCCUGUGCUUAAGAACAUGGGUGUUGUCGCCAAUGGUACGCUUGGCACCGUCAUUGGCUUCUAUCCUCCCAUCGAGUCUCGAUCAUGUGUUGACGUCGAAUCCGAUGAACCCACGGUAAUUCAACUGGCUUCCCCACCCGAAUUGCUUUUGAUACGCCUGCACGACUGCAAUACAGUUCUCGUAGAUGAUUUUGCGCCAGGCGUAAUUGGUGUACCUCGAAUCUCCUCCAACAUCAAGCUUAAGAAUAUGCCAAACUUUGCUCAAGCUUCUAUCACCAUCAAGCAAUUUCCUGUGGUUCCAGCAUUUGCUUGUACUACAGAAAAAUCCAGGGGAAAACUUGCCCCGAUGGCGUCGUUGUCACCCCGCUUCACAGAUCAGGUGGCGUGCCUACACAGUCACUGUAUGUGGCUCUCUCGAGAACGAAGACCCUUGAUACACUUACACUGACGAACAAGCUCACUUACGACUACAUCGCAAGAUUUAAUCCAGAUCUCGAAUCAGCAGAGGAGAUGAAGCGACUCAUAUCCUUCAUCAUUGAACCGCCGUAUACGACAUCCCUACAACACACACAGUUCCGCGACUGGAAAUCCCUGCAAGAUUGACUGAUACCAUAGGCGCCAACCGUUAAUAACUGCUACAGCCCAUUGAUUGUUUUCAUUAUGUUCUGUUUUUCUGUUUUUUUUCUUCACCCCGUUAGCUACGCUAAGAGACAUUGCGCGCACGGCGCGACUCAGUAAUCAGAAUGGUGUGAGCUUUGUUUUGUUGGAUAGCUCUGCGCUUCCUCUUUUAAGUAAACUACGUUUGGACUUGUAGUCGCAGCGAAUGCAUGAUAUAUACCUAAAUGAAAAUUGACUGUCCGCCGGUUUCUCGAAAAUAUCGAGGCUACGUCUGAGCCAUAGCUUUCUCGAUUUAUCAUCUUCGUUUAGGAAAUAUGGCAAAAAAUGUCGUGUGCAGAUCAGCAAGCACGUCUUUCCCGCAGCAGAAAUCGCCGGAUGAUGCCGAUAAAAUUAAGAAGUAGGAUACUAACACGUGUGCACCUACAUUCUGCAUGUUAUGCUGUUUUCAUUGCUGGUCUUCUUGCCUUUAUAUGUUAAGUACUUUUGAAAUUAUGGACAAAUGAAAAUUUUGGUAGUGCAUUUCAUCUCGCCAAUACAAUACCAGGGGAGGUCCCCGU